AUGGCUUGCUCCAGCACGGCUAUCAUGACCUCCUACGAAGAGCCGACGGUGCGCUCUUAUGGAACUUUCAGCAGGGAGGAGCAGAGGCGACGAAGGCACUCUUCGCACCAUACGAACCAUGCAAGGCCAUGGGCGGUAGACUCGGAGAAUGUUCAGAUAUUGCUCGAGAACUUCAUCACCGAGCUCGGCUGCAGAUUAGACUUCCUAGAAUCCUACGGCCACCUUAAAUUCGACGCCGGGGUCGAAUACGCAUACUCGACCCUCCUAGCCGUGCGCGAGUCAUGCUCCAAGAUCUCGGACGGUGCUCUCGAAGCUGGAAAGCGACGCGCUGGCGUCUUUGUGGAGACGCUGGAAGAGCGUUACAAAGAUGCUUUGACGACAAAAGUGACGCUGGAGCAGAAAGUGCAGGAAGGAAUGCGACUAAUGGAGACGUACUUGAGCGACUUCGAGACCCGGGCAUACGCCAUGCGUGAUGCUGGGCUUGGUUCCGUGGCGCAUGAAUUCUACGAAGGGGGGCGUCGGAAGGUAGAUGAAGGAUUUGAGCGCGCAAGGGGUGUCGUAGAUGGCGGAUUACACAAAGCCAGGCGAGCACGUGAGACGAUCGAACUUACAAUCGAGCACGCUGUGGAACGAGCACUAGCCAGGGCAAAAGACGGCCUCAUUCAUUACGAUGAUCUUCCCGCUCCUUGGAGGAUUAAUCCGCACAUCCACAAGGGCUACCGGUUCUCGGAGGGCAAGUGGGAGUGCAUCCGCUCUGUUGUUAGUGUUCACAAUGAGCUCUUCAACAUCUGGUCCCAUGCCAUUGGACUCCUCAUGGUACUGGCCGUGGCAUUCUACUUCUACCCCACGAGUGUUAAUUUUUCUCUCUCGACCAACGCCGACGUAUUCAUCGCCGCAGUCUUCUUCUUCGCAGCCUGCAAAUGCCUCGUCUGCUCCACCAUCUGGCAUACCAUGAAUAGCAUCUCGCACCAAACCCUCCUCGAGCGCUUCGCCUGCGUCGACUACAUUGGGAUCUCGCUUCUCGUCGCAGCCUCGAUCAUGACGACCGAAUACGCUGCCUUCUACUGCGAGCCCACCUCCCGCUGGAUCUAUAUGCUGACCACGGCUGGUCUCGGCUUUGGCGGCGUCAUCCUCCCGUGGCAUCCCACCUUCAACCGACAAGAUAUGGCGUGGGCGCGCGUCCUUUUCUAUGUCUCUCUCGCCGCAACUGGCUUCAUACCUGUCUUUCAACUCGCGACAACCCGCGGUAUUGAGUGGGCGUAUUACUUCUACGCGCCAGUCACGAAGAGCAUUUUAGUGUACCUGACAGGCGCUUGCAUGUACGCGAGCAAAGUGCCUGAGCGAUGGUAUCCAGGGUCAUUCGACUAUGUGUGUAGUUCACACAACAUCUGGCACGUAGCAGUCCUAGGCGGCAUUCUCUUCCACUACACUGCCAUGCAGGACAUGUUCUCGCAAGCCCUAGCACGCGCAGAGAUCCACUGUUCCGUCUACUGA